AAAAGAAAGAAAAAAAUAGGAGAAGCGGUGAAGAGGGAGGCGAGUGCCAGCUAAGGUAGGAAAAGCAAAAAUAAAAAAAAGUGAAAGAAAGAAAAGAAAUUGGAGAGAAGAGAGGAUUUGCGAAUUGCGAUUGUUUCUCCGUUGCCUUUCCCUCUCUCUGCUUUCGAAUCUUGUCUCUUUCUAGGGCAAAACCAUGAACGUCUUCAGGCUCGCCGGUGACAUGACCCACCUUCUCAGCAUUCUCGUUCUCCUCCUCAAAAUCUACGCCACCAAAUCAUGCUCAGGGAUUUCUCGCAAGACUCAAGAGCUCUACGCGUUGGUCUUCGUCGCACGCUAUUUGGAUCUGUUCACCGACUUCAUCUCCGUUUACAACACCAUCAUGAAGCUCGUCUUCAUUGCCAGCUCCUUAGCCAUUGUUUGGUGCAUGCGUUUUCACCCCCUCGUCCGGAGAAGUUACGAUAGGGAACUCGACACUUUUCGCCAUUAUUUUCUAAUUGGGGCCACCUUUGCUUUGGGACUCGUCUUGCAUGAAAAGUUCACCGUUCAAGAGAUUUUCUGGGCAUUUUCAAUAUACUUGGAGGCAGUUGCAAUAUUGCCCCAAUUGGUUUUGUUGCAAAGAAGUGGAAAUGUGGACAAUUUGACUGGGCAAUAUGUAUUCUUUCUUGGUGCAUAUCGUGCAUUUUACAUCCUGAACUGGAUAUACCGCUAUCUGACUGAGCCUCAUUUUACUCGAUGGAUAGCUUGCGUCUCAGGUGUUGUUCAGACAGCUUUGUAUGCAGAUUUCUUCUACUAUUACUUCAUCAGCUGGAAGAACAAUUCGAAACUGAAGUUGCCUGCUUGAAUUAUUGAGUUGUUUUGGAAUAUGGACCUUUGUGACCAGUCACUGCUAAAUUUUACAGAGCGUGGUUUGGAUGAUGUUAGUUUUGAGAUAAACAAGGCUAACUCCUCUCCCUGUUCAUGAAUGGGGGUAAGUGAGUUUUUUUUAGGUACAAGGGUAAACGGGUUUGAACUUCUGAUGAAUAUAACCGUCUCGUGGCAAUUCAAGAGCAGGUUAAAGUGCAAAUGUUAUGUGAUGAUAUUUUGUAUAUUCACUUCUCCAUUGCAUAUUAUUGUAUAGUUUGUAUUCUAAGAUAGCUGAUUUUGGUUAUAAUACGAAUGAUCCCUGAUCCCUGGCUUAGGUAUGAUUACGCUGUAAAAUUAUACAAUUUCUUCUUUUAACGGGGUGACUAUAAAUUUUUUCA